UGAUAUAGUGGAGAGAAAGCACAGGACUAGGGGCCACAGGUCUCAGCUUCUCAUCCAGGCUCGGCGGCUCCCUGGCUGCUGCCUUCCUCUGUGGGCCUCCGUUUCCUCCGUGAUCCCAUCAGGUGAAUUCUAAUCCUCCAGGCAGGGCUGGAACCCGUGAGUGAUCCCAGGAGCCCCUCCUCUCAGGGGCCCCAAGAUCUGAGACCAGGGAGCCAGCUGCACGCAGGAGCCCUGCAGGCCAGGACAGUGGCCCCAUGGACCUGCCCCGGCAGCUCUCCUUUGCCCUCUAUGUGGCGGCCUUUGCGCUGGGCUUCCCGCUCAACGUCCUGGCCAUCCGAGGCGCGACAGCCCACGCCCGGCUGCGUCUCACCCCCAGCCUGGUCUACGCCCUGAACCUGGGCUGCUCCGACCUGUUGCUGACAGUCUCCCUGCCCCUGAAGGCGGUGGAGGCGCUGGCCUCCGGGGCCUGGCCUCUGCCGGCCUCACUGUGCCCUGUCUUCGGGGUGGCCCACUUUGCUCCACUCUAUGCCGGCGGGGGCUUCCUGGCCGCCCUUAGUGCAGGCCGCUACCUGGGAGCGGCCUUCCCCUUGGGCUACCAAGCCUUCCGGAGGCCGUGCUAUUCCUGGGGGGUGUGUGCGGCCAUCUGGGCCCUCGUCCUGUGUCACCUGGGUCUGGUCUUUGUGUUGGAGGCUCCGGGAGGCUGGCUGGACCACAGCAACACCUCCCUGGGCAUCAACACACCGGUCAACGGCUCUCCCGUCUGCCUGGAGGCCUGGGACCCGGCCUCUGCCCGCCCGGCCCGCUUCAGCCUCUCUCUCCUGCUUUUUUUCCUGCCCUUGGCCAUCACAGCCUUCUGCUACGUGGGCUGCCUCCGGGCACUGGCCCACUCCGGCCUGACGCACAGGCGGAAGCUGAGGGCCGCCUGGGUAGCCGGCGGGGCCCUCCUCACGCUGCUGCUCUGCGUAGGACCCUACAACGCCUCCAACGUGGCCAGCUUCCUGAACCCCAAUCUGGGAGGCUCCUGGCGGAAGCUGGGGCUCAUCACGGGUGCCUGGAGUGUGGUGCUCAACCCGCUGGUGACCGGUUACUUGGGAAGGGGUCCUGGCCUGAAGACAGUGUGUGCGGCAAGAACGCAAGGGAGCACGUCCCAGAAGUAACGCCACCGCUCGGGGGAAGGAGCAUGAGGCAGGAGAGCCCGGCUGCGUCUCCAGGCCCCUGCGGAGGGCUGCUUCGGAGGAACUGCAGGGCAGCCUGGCCCGGAGUCCUCCCUGGAGCCACUCAAGCGGAGAGCGGCGCCUGCUGAGGGCAGCACCCCAGUCAAGAGAGGAGCACGGAGCCAAAGCAAGGCGGCAGGGGGAGGUAAGCUUGCCCCCGCACACGUCGGCCCCUUUCCUCGUCUGUCUGUCUCUGCCCUCUGCACGUCCUCACCUGCCUGUCUUCAGUGGGCCGCGAGCAGAGGCCUUGUACUUACGGGAAGGAGGAGGCAAUCUGUUUCUGACCCACACGAGCGGUCACUCCGGUGAUGCACUUGAGGACACGCUACGCUGAAAUCAGUUGCCAGGUGAGAACAUUUGAUUUCGGAGUAGGAGAGGAGGCAGGAGGCAGGAUAAUGACACUGUUAUACCACGUGAAACUCGCAAGGGGGCAGCCUUGGAGCUGGGAACGGAGGCUGGCCGGAAAAGAUGUUUCAGCCGGGGAGGGAAAAUGCAAGGUCCCGCAGUGAUGGGCAGCGGCCACGCAGUUGACUCUUGAACAACGUGGGGAUGGGGUGCCGAACCCCCACGCAGUGGGAAAUCUGUGCAUAACUUUGACUCCCCCCAAAGUUCAACUGCUAAUAGCCUAUUGUUGACCAAAAGCUUUACUCAGUAUAUAAACAAUUGAGUAAGACAAUUUGAAGCCAGACACAGUGGCUUAUGCCUGUAGUCCCAGCACUUUAGGAGGCUGAGGCGGGAAGACUGCUUGAAGCCAGGAGUUCAAGACCAGCCUGGGCAACAUAGUGAGACCCCCCCCCCACCUUUACAAAUAAUAAAAAUAAAAAUAAUUAGUUGGGCGUGGUUGUGUGUGCCUGUAGUCCCAGCUACUCAGGAGGCUGAGGUGGGAGGAUUGCUUGAGCCCAGGAUCGAGGCUGCAAUGAGCCGUGAUCGCACCACUGCACUCCAGCCUGAGUGACAGAGCAAGACCCUGUCUCUGGAAAAAAAAAGAAAAAAGACAUAUUUUGUAUGUUAUAUGUAUUAUGUGCUGUAUGCUUACAAGAAAGUAAGCUAGAGAAAAGUACAUGUUACUGAAAACAUUAUUAGAAAGAGAAAAUACCUUCACAGCACUGUGCUGUAUUUAUUCAUACCGUAAGUUUAUGCUGUCUGUUUAUAAGAGAAAGUGUCUGUCUGAAGCAGCAGUAACCGCAGCUGCAGAUCUCAAUCUAUGGUAGAUAUCAAGCAGUUCAACCCUUUUUUGUAAUGUUGUAAUUUUUCUUUGCUUCUUGGAAGCAGUCUGGCAUCACUAGCAGCCCCGCAUAUGAGGCCCAGGGGGUUAUUCAGAGUUUACCGUAUUGCACUAAACGUGGUGAAA